UGGGCAGAAGAGGCUAAACCGACAGUACAGUGCUCGCACGCUUCCCAGUCUUCCCAGCAACCGGUGACACGGCCCGCACGAGGCCGACCACUGGCCAACGGGGAUCGGCCUGGAGCGUGACCCCCUAUCCCGAGGCGCCGGACGCUGUGGCGCCUACCUGCUCCCCCGACUCCGUGGCCGUGCGCUUUCGCCAGCCGCUUCCUCCCUUGCCCGUCCACUCUUGCAGUCCGGGAGGCGGGGGUCGGCAGGCCCGCCGAGUGCACCGCGCGGUGUCAGAGGAGCCAGUCGGCGACCGGCGACUGGUGUCUGCGGCGGUCUGGAGUGCAGUCCCGGCGACGAGUGACGCGAGGCGCUGCGGGGCGAGCAAUUGGCCGAAACACGUCCGCGGGCCACCGCGCGGCCUGCUCCUCCCAGGCCUUGUCCUCCGCCUGUCCUCGCUAAUUCUCCUCGGUGACCUUCGGGGCUGGCGGCCCCACGACGCAGACAUCGCCAGACAAAACUGGAAUAAAGGGACAGCGACAACCACCGGGCUCUGUUAGUGUUAAACGCCCCCCACUCCCCACCAAGAUUUUUGGUGUCCUGUCUCGCCCUCCGGGUUGGCUGGCGCCUCAGGCAAGGGGUUUCCAUCCCAGGCACAGACCACUUUGCUUCUGGAGUGAGCUGCAACAUGGGGUGAGGUAGAGAAGAGAGACUUGAAGAGCUUGCCCUGGCACUCAAAUACCAUACCUGCACCCUAGACCAGAGUUUCUCAUACUCCACGUCCACAAUGGGAGAAAGUGGGCACAGGAUAUUCUGCUCCAGAGGCACGAGAGGACAUCCCACGCUGGCCACUCCUGCCCAGUGUGGAGAGGAGAGGAAGCUCCAGAGCCCACCCCUACAGGGCUCACGGAGCAGGGUGAAACUGGCCACAGCUCGCCUCUGGAACAACCGCAAAGCCUGACUGUGAGAAAGGGAACCCUGGAAUCCGCAGACCAGUUUUUGAGGUCUCCCUCUCUCCACUCUCCUACAGUUCUCUUUUCAGGCUUCAAGAAAACUAAUAAUUACCUGCAGCACGAGGAGGCGAACACUAGAGAGCGAGCGGCACGCUGUGGGUCCGUCCUCAUCAUGUUCGAGGCAUCGCAGGCGGUGGCAGUGGGAAGGCCUUAUGCGUGCAGCGAAUGUGGCAAGAGCUUCCGCUACAGCUCGGUGCUGCUGCGGCAUGAGCAUGCCCAUGGCAAUGGCACCCGCUUCCGCUGCCUAGAGUGCGGUGAGCGUUGUGCUGGGGCUGCAGACCUCCGAGCGCACAGGCGCGCCCACGCCGGCCAAACCCUCUACAUCUGCAGUGAGUGCGGCCAGAGCUUCCUCCACAUCAGCCUCCUCGACCUGCACCUGAGUGCACACAGACGGCGCAACCGCGCCCGCCCCUGCCGCCUCUGCGGCCACCGCUUCCCACACCUUCCAGCGCUGCUCCUGCAUCAGCGCCGCCAGCACCCGCCCGAGCGGCCCCGCCGCUGCCCACUGUGCGCCCGCAAUUUCCGACAGAGCGCGCUGCGUUUCCACCAGGCGCGGGCACACCCGUCGGGGACAACCACUGUCCCCGCUGACCCACCCCACCAAUGCGCUCAGUGCCCAAGGUCCUUCCGCAGCCACGCGGGACUACGGAGUCACGCGCGUGUCCACGUGGCCAGGAGCUCCGGUGACCCCACGCCCCGGCGACCCUGCGCCGCGGACACACACCAGUGUAGUGUGUGUGGGAAGAGCUUCGGCAAGAGCUCUACACUGACGCGACACCUGCAGGCGCACUCGGGCGAGAAGCCCUUUAAGUGUCCCGAGUGCGGCAAGGGCUUUUUGGAGAGCGCCACACUAGUACGUCACCAGCGCACGCACACGGGCGAAAAGCCAUACGCAUGUGGUGACUGCGGGCGCUGCUUCAGCGAGAGUUCCACGCUGCUGCGCCACAGGCGAAGCCACCAAGGUGAACGGCCACACUCGUGUACCACUUGUGGCAAGGGCUUUGGGCAGCGAUCGGAUCUCGUGGUGCACCAGCGAAUCCAUACAGGCGAGAGACCCUUCCCGUGCCCUGACUGUGGCCGCCGCUUCAGCGACCGCUCGGACCUCACCAAGCAUAGGCGCACACACACGGGCGAGAAGCCCUACCACUGUGAGCUCUGCGGCAAGCGGUUCACGUGCGUGUCCAACCUCAACGUGCAUCGGCGUAACCACGCUGGCCACAAGCCACACAAGUGCCCUGAAUGUGGUAAGGCCUUCAGCGUUGCCUCCAAGCUUGCGCUGCACCGAAAAACGCACCUGGGCGAGCGGCCAGUGGAGUGCGCCGAGUGCGGCAAGUGUUUCAGCCAUAGCCGCUCACUGUCGCAGCACCAGCGGGCCCACAGGCGCGCCCGCACCACUGCCGCUUCCACUACCGUCACGGAGGCUGUAGCAAGUGCUACCCUUGUCUUUGCGGGGCUGACCGGACAGGAAAAACCGGGGCUCUUUGUGUCUCAGUUCAGGGAGACUUGCUGAGAGGCUUCUCCGAAAGGGAGUGGGCAAGCACCCAAUUUGCGCCACAGGGACAGUAGAGCGACUCCGUGGGCAAAGAUGGCAUGGCCUUGGGCUGGUCAGUGGCUAACUUGGGAGAGUGUGGUGCUGAUAACACCAAGACCAUGGGUUCGGAUCCCAUAUAGGGAUGGCCGGUUAGCUAACUGGGUGAGCGUGGUGCUGACAACACCAAGUCAAGGGUUAAGAACCCCUUACCGGUCAUCUUUAAAAAAAAAAAAAAAAAAAAAAAAAAGGCAUGGCCUGCUGCUUCUCCUAUUUCUGUUGGGCAGCCCCUCCUUCACCUGGGCUCUUGCCUCACCACUACAUCUACUUCCCUGUCAGCUUUUUCCAUCUUCAGUCCUUGUAUCUCCUGUCUUCUCUCCCUCUGGGGUGUAGGUGCAGGGAAUCAGGGAAACCCCUCAGCCCCCUGUGUGGAAGAGAGCCCAGGUAUUGGUGUGUCCCAUUGCUGCUGCUGUGCUCUCUGGUGUUUCUUUCCUGGUUUCCUGUCUGUGUUGUCUUCUCUUGUCCCAUCUCCUUAUUCCAGCCUACGUCUCCUGUCUCUCCUGCCCCAGUACUCUUGCUGUCCUGCCUUUUCAGGUAAUGAUUAGAUUUGGCUGCAGUCACAUCUCACCAGCCCUCUGGCCUUCUUGCCUCUUGGUUCCACCUGACUGUUAAUCUCCCUGCUGCUUUCUCCCUCUUUCUGAGAGAGUUGUGGAGGUAGGAAAUUUGCAGGCAGAGAGGGACAGUGGGAGAGCUCACUUCAGUGAAGGGCAUCUCUAUGCAGGAACUGCCUGCUCCCUGGGAGAGGUGGCCCACUCGUGAAGGGGGAGGGGGGGGCUCAGCAGGUCAAGAUGCCUCUCAGGACAGUGUUCUCCAGCCAGGCGGAGGGAUAUUUGCCCUGGGACCCAGGCCAAGACCAUGUGGGCCCACAAAGCCCAGCACUGUUAAGUGGAACAUCAGAAUGUUAUUUCCAAAUCAAGCUUGAAGCCAUGGGGAAACAGAUUCCACAAAGGGGAGAGAGAAGGAUGGAAAAAUUCCCUGAAUUUUUUGCUUAUGGCUGCUGAAAUAAAGAGUUGUUUGGGUUCUAGAUG